AUUCUUUAACAAACAGAAAAUGAAUGAAAAUAAGGAAACUGAUUCAAAAGAAAGUGAAGAAUAUGAAGAUGACUUCGAAAAGGAUCUGGAGUGGUUAAUUAAUGAAAAUGAAAAAAGUGAUGCCAGCAUAAUAGAGAUGGCUUGCGAGAAGGUAGAGAAUGUUAACCAAGAACUAAAAGACAAUAAAACCGAAAUAGAAUACACCAAACAGCUUUCUGAUCCUGACAAAUCUUUGAAGGAUGAGGUUUCACCAAGAAGAAAUGACUUCAUUUCUGUCCCAAGUAUUCAACCUUUGGAUCCUGUAUCAGAUUCCGAUAGUGAAAACUCUUUCCAGGAAUCCAAACUAGAAAGCCAUAAAGACCUGGAAGAAGAAGAGGAUGAGGAAGUAAGGAGAUAUAUUAUGGAGAAAAUUAUACAAGCUAACAAGCUUCUACAGAAUCAAGAACCUGUGAGCGAUAAAAGGGAGCGAAAACUUAAGUUCAAGGAUAAAUUAGUUGAUCUGGAAGUUCCUCCAUUAGAAGACACUGACACUUACAAAAAUUAUUUUGAAAAUGAAAGCAAUAUAUCUGGAAAACUGUCACAGUUAUGUAUUUCCAAUGAAUUUAGAAAAGAAAAUGUGCUUCUGUCACUUACUGAUGGAAGCUGUGAAGAAAACAGGGAUAGGAGGAUACUGGUAGAGAGAGAUGGAAAGUUUGAACUUCUGAAUUUACAAGACAUUGAGAGUCAGGGGUUUUUGCCCCCCAUUAAUAAUACUAAUAGUACAGAAAGUGAACCCCAGCAGUUGUCACCCAGAUCUUCCAACUCAUCUGUCAAUAGUGUCAAGAAAGAAGAGCCUGCAGCAAAGAUUCACGCUAUCACGCACUCAACAGGAGAGCCGCUGGUUUAUAUCCCUCAGCCACCACCCAACUCCAAGACUCGUCCAAACUCUGCUGCCAAGUUUGAUAGAAAUAAAGGGAAUAGGAAGUCUAAUCGUAGAGCACAGUCUGCAAAUAUAUCUCCAGUGACCUCAACAUAUUUUCUUUCCCCUCGACAGAAAGAACUACAAAAACAGCUAGAACAAAAGAGAGAAAGGCUAAAGAGAGAGGAAGAACAACAGAAAAUAGAAGAAGAGAAAUUAAAAAAAAGAGAGAAUGACAUGGUAUUUAAAGCAUGGUUGCAAAAGAAAAGAGAACAAGUCCUAGAAAUGAGAAGAAUUCAGCAAGCAAAGCAAAUUGAAGAUAUGAACAGUAGA